CACGCACGAUUUCAAGGAUGCCAUGUCAUCGCAACCGCUCGGAGACUGGAAGUCCUGACGGAAUUGGCGGGAUUCGGCAUGAGCACGGUUUUACUCGACGUGGACAAGCAGGAGAGUAUCGAUGAUGCCAAGAAACAGAUCGAAACCAUCACUGACGGGAAGCUGGAUAUCCUGGUCAAUAAUGCCGGCAUCACCUACUACAUGCCCCUCGCCGACGUUUCCCUCCCAAAGGUCCGCUCCCUCUUCGAAACGAACGUCUUCUCCGCCAUGGCCGUCACAAACGCCAUGCUCCCCCAGCUACUCGCCUCCAAGGGCCUCAUAGUCAACAUCUCCUCCGCCGCGGACCGCACCCCCUUCCCCUUCAAGGGCACCUACGCCAUGACAAAGGCGGCCCUGUCGUCGUACUCGCGCACCCUGUCGGUCGAGCUCGCCGAGUUCGACGUGCGCGUCCUCAACGUCGUGACGACGUCGUUCGUGGCCACGCUGAUCGGCAAGAGGGCCGAGCCCGACCCUUGGCCCGAGAAUAGCCUGUACGAUAGCAUGCGGUUCGCGGGGCAGGGUGUCGGGGACGGGCAGCGCUUGAGCGCCGAGGAUUUCGCGACGGGGGUUGCGGCGGAGGCGCUGAGGGGGAAGGGGUGGGAGAUUGGGCCGUGGAGGUUCUUUGGGACGCAGGAGUCGAUGAGGUUGGGGGGGAUGAGCACUUUGUUGUGGAUCUUGGGGUUCCUAAGUGAGGGCUGGGGGAGGUUCGUAAUGCUGAGGUUGUGGCCGUUUUGGAUGCUGAGAGCUGCAAUCCGUGCACAGAAGAAGAAUGAAUAG